AUGUCCUUCCUCUCCGAUCCCAAUCCUCUCUUGCAGUGGCAAUCACUGCUAUCACUGCAUUUGCAAGUGGUCAGCUUGAGUUAUCUCGAGCGCAAAUUUUCUAAUCACUAUGAAUUGCCCUCAUGGUCGCUACCUAGCGCGUCAUUCCCGUCUCUGUCUCCGUCGCUCGCCGUCUCUGUCCCGAUCACUGUUCCCGUCGCUGUCGUACUUCACUCUUGCCAUUCCUUGUCUCUGCUAACGUCAAGCAUUAGAGAAACUAACUACCGGCUGCCUCGCAGCCACAACUCUCCCACAGCCAACCAAGCCGUGCAUGCGGCCACAGCCGCUGCCACCGUUCCCAGUCCAACAGCGGGACAAGCCCAGGACCAAGCGCUCCUCGCACAGUCGGAAUCCCGUCCCGGGAAAAAUCACAAUCUGCCUGUAUCCCAAAUAAUCGGCGAGAUUCUCAGUGUCCUCAGCUUGGCCACCAAAAUAGCCGGCCAAACUACCACAUGCUACUGGCCUAACGGUAUCGCCAACACCGUAGUGAAGCCGUGUCCUACACCUCAAGGCAAAGCAACGGCAGCCUGCUGCUUCGAUAACCAUUAUUGCCUCACAAAUGGCCUUUGCAUGGACCCAAGCGAUGACACCCUGUACCGUGGCGCUUGCACCGACUCAAAGUUUGGGGCAGAAGGAUGUCCAAAAUACUGCGACAGAUCUGAGAUUUCCGGCGCAGAGCCCGACAGACAUAAUGGUCUUUGGGGGUGUGGAUUCCCCGCGGUUUACGCGUGUAACAAGCCGAAUGAAUGCCUUCAGGCGAACUUUACCAUCGAGCAGCCUGGCAAAAUCAUGUUGAAUACUGCCGUGGAGUCGGAUCUUGGAAUUAGAGCAACAGCCACGAGCUCUAGUACUCCAUCUUCAUCAGCGCGAACCGAACGAAACAAUGGAAUCUCUGCGGGUGCCGCAGCUGGCAUUGGGGUUGGGGUCGGCGUGCCUCUCGCUAUCGCCGUCGUGAUUCUCAGCUUCUUGCUGUGUCAUCUGGCCCAAGUCGUUACAUUCACUCCUGCCUUUUCCAAUAUUCGUCUUAUCGUCGUUACCUCUAGCUUUCAUCGUCCUCCUGCUUCCUGUUGUCUUCCGUUCUGGCUUCGGGCAUGUUUCAAGUUAUUGAUAGGUGUCGAACUGUUUCUUGCCAGCGACGAAUCCACUCCCGAGGUGAAAUGUAAAGGAUUCUACUCCAUGGCACUAAGCAAUGGCUUGGCCAGUACUCUUUCUUGUUUCCAAAUAAGUACUUGA